GUCUAACAUUUCCACGGUCAAACCUCUUUGCUGGCCUUCUCAGAAACAUCUCAUGGGCACCAAUUUUCCACACCAACAAAUCAAACAAACCAUUUUAUACUCUUUAUUUAUACACCCUUCAAAUUCAUCUCUAAAAAUCUUUCUAAAAUCGCCCAAAAUCUCUCUCUCUCUCCGUUCAAUUCAGAUGGCCUACACGAUGACGUCAUUCACCGAUCUCCUCGCAGCCAGCCAUGAUCAAGAAUCAGAAAAACAAGAAAAAACCUCGUUUAAUUGGGACAAAAACAUUGAGAUUCCCACAUACAAAUCAUUUUCACCUUCUUUUUUGCCUUUGUCCCCUCCACCAAUCUCUCCCUCUUCUUACCUCUCAUUCCCACCUGGCUUGAGCCCCUCUGUUCUUCUUGAUUCCCCUGUUCUUUUUUCAUCAUCUAAUGUACUUCCAUCUCCGACCACCGGAGCUUUUGCCGGGCUAUCGUCCAACGAGACCACCGACGUUAAAUAUUCCGACUUUUCGUUCCAGUCCCAAACACGGCAUUCGGAUUCUUGCUUCUCAUCUUCUGCAGGAAUGAACUCAUCAAUGAACUCAUAUUUCAAAAGCCAACAAGAAAACGAGAAAUCUAAUCCCCCGAACAAGCCGAAAACCGAGCAGCGGCUUGUAGUCCACGGCUCCCAGCCGCCGGCAUAUGCUCGGGAGCAGAAAAAGUCAGACGACGGCUACAACUGGCGAAAAUACGGUCAAAAACAGGUCAAAGGUAGCGAAAACCCUCGAAGCUACUACAAAUGUACCUACCCGAACUGCCCGACCAAGAAAAAAGUCGAACGCGACUUAGACGGGCACGUGACCGAGAUCGUGUACAAAGGGAGUCACAAUCACCCGAAACCCCAGCAAGGCAAGAAACAAUCUUCGUCCUCUGGGUCGUUCGAUAAUGCCCACGUGGCAGCCACGACUGAAUGCUCGUCAGCCUCGUUUGGAGGGGAAGAUGAUUUCGAGCAAGGCUCGUCUAUAAGCAACUCGAGAGGCGAAGAUGAAACCGAGCAUAUAGCCAAGAGAUGGAAGGGAGAUGAUGAGAAUGAGGGUGUGUCGGCUUAUGGGAGUCGAGCGGUUAGGGAGCCGAGAAUCGUGGUUCAGACAAUGAGCGAAAUCGACAUUCUUGAUGACGGUUAUCGUUGGAGGAAAUACGGGCAGAAGGUGGUUAAGGGCAACCCGAAUCCUAGAAGCUACUACAAGUGCACGUUUCCCGGUUGCCCGGUUAGAAAGCACGUGGAACGAGCGUGCCACGACUUGAGGGCCGUCAUCACAACUUACGAAGGCAAACACAAUCAUGAUGUCCCGGCUGCUAGAGGAAGCGGCGGCUAUGGAAUGAGCCGGGCCCUGCCGGUGGCAAACACAGCUGUAAGGCCCACAGUUGUUAAUGGGUCGGAUUUUCCGAGGCUGCAGAUGUUAAGGGACCAGAGGCCUUGCACUCUCGAGAUGCUCCCUGGCUUUGGAAACCCGGCCAAGCAAGAGCCCAAGGACGACCUGUUUUUCGAGUCCUUUUUAAACUGCUGAGUUACAAUUUUUUGUGGCUUUUUUUUAAGGGGAUUUUGUGUUAUGUUGUGUGUAUGUACAUGUGAUGUAGGGGGGUUUUGGAGCAAAAUUUUUUCAUUUGUUGUAUUUGUUUGAUUUGGGGUUGUGGUCCUUGUGUGUGGUUUGGUUCCACAAGAAGAAAAAAUUUGAAAUAAAGCUUUUUUUUAAUAAAUGUGAAGUCUUGAAUUAUUGGCUUUGUUUGCUGCUCAACUUCUGUAUUUAUGGGUGUUUUCAUCAGUGGAAACUGGAAAGUGAUUAAUCACAAACUUGUAUAUAAGAAACCCAACAAACUUUUUGCUUUCUUCUGCAAUUUUCAUUCAUUUUGC